GAGGCAGUCGCGGAGUUGAUGACGUCAAAGCAUUGCGCUGGGGCUUGCCGGCACCAGCGUGCUGCGGGACCCUAGAGAUGGCGUCUCGUAGCCGGAGACCUGAGCACAGUGGACCGCCAGAGCUGUUUUAUGACCAGAAUGAAGCCCGGAAAUACGUUCGCAACUCACGGAUGAUUGACAUCCAGACCAAGAUGACUGAGCGAGCAUUGGAGCUCCUCUGUUUGCCGGAGGGUCAGCCCUCUUAUCUGUUGGACAUCGGCUGCGGCUCUGGACUGAGUGGAGACUACAUCUCAGAAGAGGGGCACUAUUGGGUGGGCAUUGACAUCAGCACUGCCAUGUUGGAUGCUGCCUUGGACCGAGACACAGAGGGAGACCUGCUGCUAGGGGACAUGGGCCAGGGAGUCCCUUUCAGACCAGGUUCUUUUGAUGGCUGCAUCAGCAUCUCAGCUGUUCAGUGGCUCUGCAACGCAAACAAGAAGUCGGAUGUCCCUGCCAGGCGUCUCUACUGCUUCUUUUCUUCCCUGUACUCUGUCCUCGUCCGCGGGGCCCGAGCCAUCCUGCAGCUGUACCCUGAGAACUCGGAGCAGCUGGAGCUGAUAACAACGCAGGCCACAAGGGCAGGCUUCACCGGUGGCGUAGUGGUGGACUUCCCCAACAGUGCAAAAGCGAAGAAGUUCUACCUCUGUCUGUUUUCUGGGCCUUCCACCUCCCUGCCAAAGGGGCUGACUGAAAGUCAGGAUGCAGACCAGGCCACUGAGUCCGUUUUCACCAGUGAAAGGGUGCCACACAAGAAGGCACGGCGGGACCUGGUGAAGAAAAGCCGGGAGUGGGUCCUAGAGAAGAAGGAGAGGCGCAGGCGCCAGGGCAAGGAGGUCAGACCCGACACCCAGUACACUGGUCGAAAGCGCAAGCCCCGCUUCUGAGGGCGCUGUAUCUAAUCAAAUGGAGAGUCUGGCCACCCACACCUGCAUCCAGUCCUGCAGGUGGGACCUGGCUACCCACACCUGCAUCCAGUCCUGCAACGGCUCUGGCCACCCACACCUGCAUCCAGUCCUGCAACGGCUCUGGCCACCCACACCUGCAUCCAGUCGUGCAGACGGGGCCUGGCCACCCACACCUGUAUCCAGUCCUGCAGAUGGGGCCCUGGCCACCCACACCUGCAUCCAGUCCUCCAGAUGGGGCCUGGCUACCCACACCUGCAUCCAGUCCUGCAACGGCUCUGGCCACCCACACCUGCAUCCAGUCGUGCAGACGGGGCCUGGCCACCCACACCUGUAUCCAGUCCUGCAGAUGGGGCCCUGGCCACCCACACCUGCAUCCAGUCCUCCAGAUGGGGCCUGGCUACCCACACCUGCAUCCAGUCCUGCAACGGCUCUGGCCACCCACACCUGCAUCCAGUCGUGCAGACGGGGCCUGGUCACCCACACCUGUAUCCAGUCCUGCAAUGGCCCUGGCCACCCACACCUGCAUCCAGUCCUGCAGAUGGGGCCCUGGCCACCCACACCUGCAUCCAGUCCUCCAGAUGGGGCCUGGCCACCCACACCUGCAUCCAGUCCUACAGGCGGGACCUGGCCACCCACACCUGCAUCCAGUCCUGCAGAUGGCCCUGGACACCCACAAUUGCAUCCAGUCCUCCGGAUGGGGCCUGGCCACCCACACCAUCCAGUCCUGCAGACAGAGCCCUGGCCACCCACACCUGCAUCCAGUCCUACAGAUGGUCCUGGCCACCCACUCCCUUCAGUGGCUGGGAGCUGUCCAACCCAGGACCUGCCUCUGAGGAAUUUUCUAGAUUGAACUGUUUACCUCAGCAGCUAGCAACAUAGUAUUUUAGAAAAGUUGCGAAUUUCUCAAAAUAUUUUUUUCACUAAAAGAGUUCCAAGGAUUUGGGUUUGGCAGCCCAGAUCCUGAAAUCCCAACACCCUCCUGGGAGGCUGAGGCAGCAAGAUGGAAAGUUCCAGGCCAGUCUGGGCUGCAGAGCAAAAAUCUGUCUGAAAAAAACUAAAAAGAAAAAAAAUUUCUAAGGAUGUUUUAUUUUGUCUUAAAUGCAUUAAAUAACUUUCUAAGUAA